AUGCCAACCUCACCAACAUUAGACUUUGCCUUGCAAAACAGAACCAACUCAAACACCGUUUUUGCGUACAUAACUGGCCGCGCCCUCGACAAUGGCUUUGCCUUGUUCCUGCUUCGGCGGGAUGGAAGGACUCCCUACUUUCCUAACUCACCCUCGUCCACACUCGCACCUCUGACUGAGGAUUGUGCAAUUCGUCUGGGAGCUCCUGGAUCCACAACCACAAUCACGAUUCCUCGUCUUGCCGGUGCUCGCGUCUAUUUCUCGGUCGAUAGGCCACUGACAUUCCUGUUGAAUCCGGGUCCAGCACUGGUCGAGCCCUCGGUCACCAAUCCUUCGGACCCCAACAUCGACAUCGACUGGUGUUUUGCGGAGUUCACAUACAACAGUAACGAGAUCUACGCCAACAUCACUUACGUGGACUUUGUGUCCAUUCCCAUUUCUCUCACUCUUGAAACGGCGUCCAAGGUCACCAAACAUGUCUCCGGCAUGCCAGCCAAUGGUCUCGACACGGUCUGCGACCGGCUGCGAGCUCAGGAUAAUAAUGAUCGCGCCGGCUGGAGCAGGCUGAUCGUCAAGCAACGCGGCAGCGACCGGAAUCUCCGAGCUCUCAGCCCCAAUACUGGCAUCGUCACCGACAACAACCUCUUCCGCGGCUACUACCAACCGUACGUCGACGCCGUCUGGAACAAAUAUACCCACUUUACGCUGGCCAUCAACACUCAGAAUAAUAUCUGGGGCACACUAACCGGCCAGGUGCGCAACGGCGUCUUCGACAUUGGUGGUCAGCUCUUCACUCAGCCGUCGGCUGCAGACAUUUUCAGUUGCAGCACUGGUCCAUUUGCGGAGAUGGGAUCACCCCUUCGAGGCGCCAUCAUCGCUCGAUUCUCAGCGGCAUUUCAUCGUUCGACCUUGCUGAAUGAUCCGGAUCGUAGCUUCCCAGAUACUCCGCCGCCAUUCUAUGCGGAGCGCAUCACGAAUCAUUAUUCGAGAAUUGUGCAUGAGGUAAAUUUGGAUCGGAGGGGUUAUGCGUUCCCUUAUGAUGAUGUGGCAGCAAGUGGGGGGAAGGACGAGUCCGGCGCGGUAAAUGCACCGGAUCCGCGGCUGUUGACCAUUGCUGUGGGUGGGAAUAACGCAUUCCUUGCGCCUUUGGCGCCUCCUAGGGACGAGCUGUGA